GGCGUGUCUCGUAUUUUCUUUCUACGACAGCUAUGAACACCCCAAAUUUCAGGGGGCUGUGCAAAACCACUAAAAGUUCGGGGGCGUUUUAUGAAAUUAACCCCGUACAUUCUCCAAAACCGCAUCCAAUAUCUGACCGUUUCAAGUCACUUCACCGCACGGCCGUCUCCCAAACAAACCAAUUUCCUCACCCUUUCCUCUCUUCUCCUCCUCCUCCUCGACUCGUACGUAUUCCAAAAGUUUUCCCAUCUACAGGAGCAAAGCCCAAAUGGUGCACUACCACAAAAGGCAAGACUCCGGCGACCUCCACCACCUCCUCCCCUUCCUCCACCCGAAGCACAAACCCGCCCUCCUCCGCCUCCUCCUCCUCUUCUCCUUUUUCUCCCUCUCCUUCAUCUUCGCGAGCUCCGCCUUCGCCCGACCAACGAAACCGGCUCGGCUUGCGACGUGGUCCACGACGUCCCGGCGGUGUUCUUCUCGACCGGUGGGUACACCGGGAAUGUCUACCACGAGUUCAACGAUGGGAUAAUCCCUCUCUAUGUAACUUCGCAGAAGUUCAAUAGGAAAGUCGUGUUCGUGAUAUUGGAGUAUCACGACUGGUGGGUAAGCAAGUACGCGAACAUCCUCUCCAGGCUCUCCGAUUUCGACCCCAUCGACUUCGGCAGCGAUAAGAGGGUACACUGCUUCCCUGAGGCCAUAGUAGGCCUCAAGAUUCACGACGAGCUCGCCAUCGAUUCGACCAAGAUGGAGAACAAUAAGACUAUUCGAGACUUUCGAAACCUGCUCGAUGAGUCUUACAAGCCAAGAAUCGAGCACAUCAAACAAGAAGAAGGAGGUGCAGAUAACAAGCAGCAACGGAUACGGACACCCGAUUCACGGCCCAGACUCGUGGUCGUGUCACGAAACGGGUCGAGAGGGAUCGAGAACGAGCCCGAAUUGGUGAACCUGGCGGCCAAAAUCGGGUUCAGGGUCGAAGUCCUCCGCCCUGACAGAACGACAGAGCUCGCCAAGAUAUACCGAUCGCUGAACUCCUCUGACGUGAUGAUUGGAGUUCACGGGGCCGCGAUGACGCACCUCUUGUUCAUGAGACCCGGCGCGGUGUUCAUACAAAUAGUGCCGCUGGGGACGGACUGGGCGGCCGAGACGUACUACGGCGAGCCGGCGAAGAAGCUGGGACUGGAGUACACGGGACAUAAGAUAUUGCCGAGUGAGAGCUCGUUGUACAGAGAAUACGAGGAGGAUGACGCGGUGUUGAGAGAUCCUGAGAGCGUGAAUGCGAGAGGGUGGGAGGUUACGAAGAGGGUUUAUUUGGAUGGGCAAAAUGUGAGGUUGGAUUUGCAAAGAUUUAGAAAAAGACUCGUUAAGGCUUAUGAGUACUUGGUUUUGAAGAAGCAGGUGAAGUAAUAUCGAGGCUUGCUCUGUUUUCCAAUUUGUGGUAGAAUAUGAUGAAGAUGCAAGUGUUGUAUAUAGUUCAGAUUGAAGGGGGGGAUCAUAUACGCUCGUGAAAAAAAAAAUAGGGUUUUGUUUUGUGGAUCGAAUUGGAUAUAAUUGAGGUGGUGUUUUGUUUGGAAGAUUAUUUGCUAGGUACGUUUGUUUGCCGGGAGGCUGUUUUGUUAACAAAAUUUUGAUUGUAAGUGUAGUUAAAAUUGUAAUUUCCAUUCUCCGAAGCUUUAA